AUGAGUGGUUGUGUGAAACUUGUCGAAUUAGAUCCCCUCGUGGACAAGGGGAAGUCUGAGUGCUUGAACGAAGACGAUGAUCACACGUGGUUGAACGUGAUCGAAGAAUCCGCAACCGGAGAGCUCAAAUCCGACUGCGAUGAGCAGCUUAUCCUCAGAGUAGAGUUUACUCAGCCCGUUAAGCUUCAUUCUCUCGUCAUUGAAGCUGGGUGUGACGCGGAGCAAGCCCCCAAAGAAAUUCGACUCUUUGCGAAUGAAACGAGUCCGAUUUCUUUUGAUGAUGCUGAGCAGAGAAAGUCGACGCAGGACUUUGACUUGUCCUUCGAAGAGCUGUCGAAGCCGAUUGAAGUUCGAUUUGUCAAAUUCCAAAAAGUCAAUAAUAUCACAAUUUUCUUCAAGAACAACCAAGGUGAUCAAGAUGUGACCUCCAUGUCCAAAGUGCAAUUUAUCGGUUCGCCCAUUGCCACAACGAACAUGAGCGAGCUCAAGAAGGUCGGAUGA